AUGAUGAGACGACUAAGACACUGGAGAGCGAUUCCCGUCAACUUGGCGUUCUUGGACUGGCACGCCAGCAAGAUGGGGUUGAUAAAGUCCGCAUUCUGGGACAACGACCUCAAGAACGUCUUUUCGUCCUUACCCUGGGAAUUCUUCAAUAUGUCCAAUGACUUGUCGGCAGCAUGGCGGAUAUCUGCGUUCUUCCGCUUGGUCUCCGACACCAGCGCAGAUAAAUCCGCUACAAGCAGUUGA